AUACGCGUGUUGACUACAUUGGUCUCCUUAUGAACUACAAAUCCCAAAGUACUGCACGCAUGGCGAUGACGUAUUUUUUGCGCGUUACGCCUGGCUCAAACUGGGAACUUGAGGUUAAUGAUUUUGUAAACGCUCAGUACACUGCUCUGCUCUUUUAAUGUACAUGCAUUAGUCAUGUCUCAACAACCACAACAAACGAUCCCCUCCGCCCCUGACUCCCCUGCGCUGGUGGUCACAUCUAACGUACAGAAAUAUGCUAUAAAGAAGAAGAAAGUCCUCAGCGCCGAAGAAAUGGAGCUGUUUGAACUUACUCAGGCUGCAGGAAUCACUGUGGAUCAGGAAGUUUUUAAGAUCAUAGUGGACUUGCUGAAGAUGAACGUGGCUCCUCAAGCAGUCUUCCAGACUUUGAAGGCAAUGUGUGCAGGACAGAGGGUAGCUGAAAGCUGUGCAGCAGACUCUUCAGCUGCCGUCCACACCACAAGCAUGGCCACAGCGCAUGCAGAAGCCAAAGAAGAGGACUCAUUGGCCUCUGGAAAGAGCCCUAAACCUGCCGCGGCUCCCCCCUCAGCAUCGGGCCCCAGAGCCACAAGGGUCAACACUAAGAUUGUGGUCUACGGCCCCCAAGACACUAGUUCUCCUCACUCUCAAGUGCGCAGUAAAGCUGGUGCCAGCCACAGCGAGAAGAGCAGGGAGGCUUCCAGCCAGAGAGUGCAGCGGCAGCCCAGUGCCACUAGAGGGCAGAAGACCAAGAGCUCCGGCAGCAGUAGUUCUUCCUCACAGAUAAACUCGACCUAAGACUCAGGCCACUGGAGGCCAUUUGUAAAUGUGUAGGUUUCUUUACGUUUAACUUAUCUGUAUGUUACACUGUUUUACACCUUUAAAGGACUGGUUCAAUAAAUGUGUUUUCUGGUUUUAUUGGUCUUGGGUUUGAGAUCCUCCUUUUAAAUGUUUGCUGUAAACAAUUCAUGUCAAGCUGGAUUGGUUGCUUGUAGGAACCUUUUUAUGUGGUUCAACCACUGACCCUUAACUGUAAGACGUGUGAUGAGGGAGUGAUCUGUCGGUCAUAUUGGAAAAAUUAAAGCUGUCUGCAUCACUAGAUAGGUUCCAGUGACUGUAAAUUAGAAAAUAUGAUUAGAUUUUCCUUUUUAAAAUUGAGCUAAACCAGUCCUUUAAAGUUCUAACAAUUUAAAAAGGGAGUGCAGUGUGUCUCGUUAUUAUGCUGUCAGGUUUUGCUGUCAUUAAGCCUUUUUCUCAGUUACCAUUUGCAAUUCAAACAAGUGAGACUGACACAAAAAAAUAUUUUAAUUAGAAUAUUUUCUACUGAAAAAUGACAAUGUCUGUUCAUCGUGAACAUUUUUUUGUUUUUAU